CGUUGGCUUACCUGAACGGUCGUUCUCAGGGCACUGCGAGGUAAGUCCAAACCCACCCAGGGGUUUUUUCUUACAAUCCGUGACUGUAUUAUUGACUGUGAACUCUUACCAUAUGAUUGUCCUUUUGUUUUUAAACUGAACAUAGAGAGGCAAAGGGAGGCAUGGUCAUGAAAAACAUUACUCAGUCCAAGGGCAGAUAGGCUGUGUUAACCCACGCUUGGACUCUCCUCACAGCGCCCUGAGAAUGACUGUUCAAGUAAGCCAACGGUCUUUUUUGCAAGCCUUGUCUGGAGUCUCACUCUUUGGCAUCUCAGUGGCUCGGGGAAAACUCCUGGAGCCUUACAAUAUGUUAUCUAAUCUGGUGAUACAGCUUUCAUUGCCUAUGUAACACAAAUAAUCCCAAAUUGCCUUUCCCAGGAGAGCUGGCAUAGAAUGCAAGGCUCAUUUCUAUAAGCCACAAAUAUUUAUUAAGAAAUCAUAUUAUAGCUAACUUUGAUGAAAAGAAACUGCAUUUUCUAACAUACUGAGUUGCAAUAUAUUAGCAGUGAAAAAAUGCAUACACAUUGUGAACAAUAAUGCUAUAGUUCUGGGAGCAUCACAUGUAGUAGAUAGUGUCUGUGUCUUAAUAAAUUGCAGUAAAAUAUAGUUGCCACAUGCUAAAUAAAUUAAUAAAGUGCAAUAUAGUAAUAAGUAGUAAACUUGUUUGAAUGUUAGAUGUUCCAACAAUGUAAACUAAUAAUUAUUAGCAAGGCUACUUGCUCUCUAUCUUUUAUUGUUUUUAAUAUACUGUAUAUAUUUGGGUUCUGCAUCCUCAAAAGGAAAGUAUCCCCCCCCCCCAUUUUAAAUUGAAAAAUAAACUUGUUCAGUCUUGCUCCCUGUAGAAAGCUUGUCCAAUUUUAAUAUCCGUGGAGUUAAUGCUGACUAGAUGAAGACUCCAAUAAAAUGUACCGUAGUGAUGUAACUUUUCUGGUUGGCAAAGAGAAGCAGAAAGUUUUUGCACAUCGCUGUCUACUCUCCACCCGCUGUCAAGUUCUACAUGCAAUGCUAAGCCAGCCCAAUGACACACAGGUUCCGCUGAUCUUGAAUCACAUGCAACCAGAAGUGUUCCUUACAGUCAUUGAGUACCUGUACACCAAUGGUGUCACUCUCAACAAUCUUACUGUCCUUGAGGUUUUGACUUCAUCCAUUGAGUAUGGGUUAAAUGACCUCAGAAAGCUAUGCAUUGAAUUCAUCAAAGACACGCUAAACGUGAACCAAGCAUGUGAGGCCUUUCAGGCAGCAGUGGCAUAUGGACUACUAGAUUUGCAAACAUAUUGCUUGGCCUUCAUUGAGAAUUAUACUCAGGAGGUGACACAAACACGUGGGUUCUUGGAACUUUCAGAACAGGCAAUGCAAAUUAUUUUGCAGAGUGACUGUUUGGCUAUUGACGAGAUGAAGCUGAUCCAUGCUGUACGAGAAUGGGCUCAUGUUGGGUCUGCUGUGCUUGAUAGGACUGUACAUGACAUGGCACAACCUGUGGUGCCACAGCUCCGUCUGGCUCUGCUGUCCCCAAGGGAACUGACCUCUCUGGAAGAACAGAACAAAAAAGACCAGAUGAUUCCGGUAGAGAGUUUUGCUGAGGCCUGGAAAACCCAUGCUCUGUGGAAGAGGCGUGGGAUGCAAUCCUCCUUGUGCCAGCGCCGGCAUGGCACAUUGCCUCGAGUCCAUCAUCGCUACCUUGACCCACAGCAUAAGUGACAUGGUAUCCUUGGGAUGAGGAGGAGGAAGCAAUACUUUUGUGCCCAGCCAAGGGCCAGUUUGGUCUAGUGAUUAAGUCACCAGGCUAGAGACCAGAUCUAGUCCUGCCUUAGGCAUGAAAGCCAA